AUGGAUGCAUGGAAUGACCCCAGCGAUUUGCCAGCAUCUGUCGAGCCGAACAUCAACGACGUACAUGCGAAUCUCUCACCCUCGAAUUCAGACCCAUUCAAGUUCAGUCACGGGCUUACGGGAGUGGACCAACCUGCGAACUACCUCUUCGUCAAUAUCUUGACCGCGACGAUUCUAGCCCCAGUCAUCGCUACGAUUCUGCUCCGCACCUUUGUCUACCUUCGAAAUGAUAGGAGGCGUGUCUCUGUUAUAACAUCUUGUCGCAGCCAGAACUUUUGGAGAAGGGAUCGUUACUCAUGCUGGGGCCCGCUGAAAAGACUCUUCCUGUAUGCACCUCUUGUGGGCGAUCGACACAGUCGCGAAAUCCGAUUGACCUCCACCGUGCAUGCUGGAGGUCUGCCCACAAGACCACAAUUUUUGGUCAUUGUAAUCUACGUUGCCAGCAACAUCGCAUAUUGCCUCGCGGUGCCGGAACAGCUACCAGACCAGCGAUUCGCAGAGCUUCGGGGCCGAUGCGGAGCCCUAGCAGCAUUCAAUCUAAUUUUUACGGUCCUGUUUGCUCUUCGAAACAACCCUUUCAUAUGGAUUCUCGGUAUUAGCUAUGAUACUUUCAACCUUUUCCACCGAUGGACUGCAAGGCUGGUGAUCCUCGAAUCGAUAGCACAUGUGGCUGCAUUUGUGUACAACACAUACCGUGUUACGUACAAAGGGCAAGAUGGUUGGGCCAACAUCAAGUGGGUUCUUGGACAUUCGGUCUCCUAUCAAUGGGGUCUCACUGCCUUUGUCACCUUCAUAUUCCUUCUCCUGCAGUCACUCGGCCCAAUCCGUCGAGCUUUCUACGACACUUUUCUGAGCUUGCAUAGACUUGGAGUCAUUGUGGCUAUUACUGGAGUGUAUUUACACAUGGCAAAACACGCUCUACCACAGCUUCCUUGGGCAGUUCUCUUCAUUGCAUUACUAGCGCUGGAACUUCUGAUCAGGUUCGGGCGUAUCUUGUACUUCAACUUUUCGUGGAGGCGGCGCAAUUGGACCAGAGUCACCGUUGAAGCUUUACCUGGGGAAGCAACUCGAGUCACAUUCUCCACCCCACGGUCGUGGAAUCAUUACCCUGGGUUGCACACCUACGUGUACUUGCCAAGAAUAGCACCUUUUGCUGUGCACCCAUUCUCGGUAGCCUGGCACACAUCUUCUGGUUACACAAGACUUGACCAAGAGAAGUUACCUUCAAACAUUGAAGAUCUUGAGAUCGAGAACGGACCCAGCACGAUAUCGUGUAUCGUACGCGCGCGCACUGGCAUGACUCGUUCGCUGUACGACAGAGCUUCAAAGGCCAAGACGGGUUCAAUGGAGUUAUGGGGUGCGAUCGAAGGACCGUAUGGUGGGCACCACUCCAUGGAAUCAUACGGAACCGUCAUUCUUUUUGCCGCAGGCGCAGGCAUUACCCACCAGCUGUCGUUUGUGCGACCUCUGCUUGCGGGGUACAGUAACAGCACAUCAGCUACCCGAAGGAUCGUGCUUGUCUGGUGCAUGCCUACGAUUGAUUCCGUCGAGUGGAUACAUCCGUGGUUGGAGGAGCUUGCUGCAAUGCCGGACUUUGGCGACAUCGUCCAAGUGCGGCUAUACGUUUCGCGAUCUAGCCCGCAGGCAGUGGAAGCUCUGAGUUUGCCCAUGCAAGUGAAUGUCCACACGCAACGAUGCAAUCCUCAAGACAUCGUGGACGAGCAAGUACUUGCGCAAGUUGGUGCCAUGGUAGUUACAGUUUGCGGACCAGGGCGCUUCAACGACAGUGUGCGCGCGGCUGUAAGGCGCCGUGUAGGCCUGCGCAGUAUUGAUUUCUUCGAAGAAUCAUUCUCCUCAUGA